CUACAGUGAAUUGAUAAAUCUUUAUAAAUAAUUAAAAUUCUAAAGUUUUUCAUAUAUUUGUCAAUAUUUUUUUUAAACCCCGCUAAAUUAUAAUUUUUCUUAAUAACAAUGAUGGUAAAUUAUAAUUUUUCCUAAUAAUAAUGACGGUGAUAAUGGUAUGGUAUGUGACCCAGUCAAGUAUCAAUUACCCUAUUCUGAUGGUCUACCAUCCAUGUCAAACAUUCCUUUCUCAUUCUCAAUCUCUCUUUCUCUCUCCUCUCUCAACGUCUCUCUUUCUCUCUCUCUCUCCCAACUUCCCCAUUCAUCCUUUCUGCUAUCCCUUCCCUACAAUGUCCGUCCCCAUCUUCCUCCUAUGGCUUGUUAGCAUCCCUCUCAUUGUCCAAGCCGGCUCUGCACCACCUAGAGGUUUCCUGCUAAAUUGCGGCUCGGACAAUGAGUUGCAGGAAGGAGGCCUGAAAUACAUCACCGACGAUGGGUUCAUAACGGUGGGAAACAAAACCACCUUGAAACAACCUGGUCUCCACAUGGUGUUAUCCACACUCCGGUAUUUCCCUGACAAUGCGGCUCAUAAAUACUGCUACGUAUUCCCGGUGAUCAAAGGCGGGAAAUUUCUGGUGAAAACAACUUACUACUAUGGAGGCUACGAUGGAGAAAAAGAACCACCAGUGUUUGAUCAGUUCAUCGAUGGAACCAAGUGGAGCAUGGUCAACACCACAGAGGAUUACGCCAACGGUCUGAGCUCGUUUUAUGAAAUCAUAGUGACGGCGCACGGGAAGACGUUGAGCGUUUGCUUGGCGAGGAACCAGCACACGGUGUCGAGUCCAUUUAUUUCGGCACUUGAGUUGCAGCAUUUAGAGGAUUCGCUUUAUAAUUCCACCGAUUUUGACAACUAUGCUUUGAGUACCGUUGCCAGGAAUUGCUUCGGAUGUGAAGCCCAAAUCAUUAGUUUUCCAGACGACCAAUUCAACCGCUUCUGGACACCCUUCAAGGACAGCAAUCCCGUCGUCACAAGCCGCUCCAACAUAACAGCCUCCGAAUUCUGGAACAUUCCUCCGGCAAAGGCCCUGUCGGCCGCCAUCACGACAAGCCGAGGCAAGAAACUGACAGUCAAAUGGCCUCCAUUUUUGCUACCUAAAACCAACUACUACAUUGCACUCUACUUCCAAGAUAACAGGAAUCCGAGUCCAUAUAGCUGGAGAGUUUUCAGUGUUGCUGUCAACGGAAUGGACUUUUAUACUGAUAUUAAUGUCACCACUAAAGGAGUGAGUGUGUAUACGGCUCACUGGCCGCUGGCCGGACAAACUGAGAUUGUUUUGACUCCCCAUAGCGAUUCGCCAGUGGGGCCGCUCAUCAAUGCCGGGGAAGUGUUUCAGAUUUUUCCUCUGGGGAAAAGGACUCUCACUAGAGAUGUGAUAGCUAUAGAGGAUUUAGCAAGAGGGUUUGACAACCCACCUGGAGAUUGGCAUGGAGAUCCAUGUCUACCUGAGAAGCAUUCAUGGACUGGAGUUACUUGCUCUAUUGGUGCAAAAUAUGCCCGAAUUGUUUCUCUAAAUUUAACCAAUGUUGGGCUCAUAGGAGAGUUGGCUGAGAGCGUAGAUCAUUUAACUGCACUUACAAGUCUUACGCUUGAAGGCAACAAACUCUCAGGUUCAAUACCAAAAAUGAGCUCUUUGAAGUCCCUUGAAAUAUUGCAUUUGGAUGGAAACCAAUUCCAAGGAGAGAUCCCUGAGUCCCUCGGUCAACUUACUCAUCUUCGUUCCCUGCAACUCCAAAAUAACUACCUCAAUGGCAGCGUACCGAAUUCACUACUGAAGAAAAAUGGCUUAAACCUCCAGAUUACACCGGGAAAUCAGCUGGCGACAGCACAUUAAUGCUAAAGAAAUAUGUCCCGGAGAGAGUAGCAGAUUUUUCUGAACUGGUUUUGAGGUGAUUGGGAAGCUUUUAGCCCAAAUGAGAUCAUAAAGUUUGAUGAUGGAGAAGAUGGUCACAGAGGGUUGGGAGAGGGAGAGGGAGAGAGAGGGAGAGAGAGAGAGAUGCAUAGAUCUUAAUGCACCUGUUUGAAUUGGGAUGGUCUAUGUGUGGAUACUUGUGUUUUUACCCUGUAAUUGUGCUUUUAUAGCAGCAUAGAGUUGAAUCAACAAUUCUUGAAAACA